AUUCAAAAUGUAACGAGUACUUUUGGGUGUCAGGGAAAAUGUAUGGGUUAAAAAGUACAUCAUUUUAAUUAGGAAUGUAGUAAAAGUAAAUGGAAAGUACAGAUACCCAAAAAAUCUACUUAAGUAAUACUUUAAAGUAUUUUUUACUUAAGUACUUUACACCACUGCCAACUAUACUCGCACCAAGAGAAUCGCACAAUACUUCCGCUUCCACCGGGCGCUGUCUGACUUCGUGAACUAAGAAACGCAAAUUUGAACAUCCGAUAGGUGGGAAUAGCUAUUAUGUGUAUGCGUAAUUCGUCAUCAUGUGGAGCGUCUACCGCGUUCAUAACAACUCGGAAUUCGGAAAUCUCUGACUUCCGACAUCAGUGUGUUCAAGACAACUGGUUACUCGGAAAAACGAACUCUGACUGAGAAAAAUCUUUUGGACAAUCAUCCAACUCGUAAUUCCAACUCGGGCCUUUUUCUAAAGCGCCGACUUUCGGACCUGAAAACCACCGACGUCAUGAUUUUACCUACUGUUUUCCGAGUUCCCAGUUGUCUUGAACGCACCAUAUAUCUGUAUUUCGGUAAGGCGGAUUCCCAGCAACUGUAUUCACAUCAACUGGCCUACUUUAAUAUUUUGCACUGAACUGAAGGGGUGUGUUCUGUACACAGAUCUACUGGAGGGAUGGAGACCCACAAUUUGUCCUGUGCCAUUUGCUUGGACCGCUUCAAAGUCCCAGUCACCAUCCCAUGCGGUCACACCUUCUGUCGAGACUGCAUCACAACUCACUGGGACACCAAGUCCAAGUCCAACAUCGGGCCGCAUUGCCCUUUCUGCAACGAGAAAUUCACCACCAGACCCAUCCUAAAACGCAACGUGUCCCUGUCCCUUCUGGCUGAGGCAACAGCGAACAGUGCUGGUGCAUCCGGUAGAGACACUGUACCGGUUAUGAGGGGCGACAUUGCCAGAGCCAUGCACCCGAUUCUGUGUGACCGACACAAGAAGCCCCUGGUGUACUACUGCCGGAAGGACAACAUGUGUGUGUGCUGCGAGUGUGCCAUCUUCGAGUGUAAGAACCAUGAGCAGGUGCUGGUGGAGUCUGAGAGGGAGAACCGAGAGUUACUACUGAGGAAGAAGAGUGUGGAGGUGGGCAUACGUAUGGAGGAGACUGAGAGGAGCAUCGCUGAGCUGACAGAGAAUAUCGCCAAAGCCAAGGUGACCCUGCAGCAGACCUCCCACUGGGUGAAUGCCAAGUUCUCGAUGCUGUUUAAGGUGCUAGCAGAGAAACAGGAGUCUACAGAGAACUUCAUUGAGCAGGAGAAGGAGGCUUCCCUCUCCCAGGUGGAGGCUAGGUUGGAGGAGCUACAGGAGAGGGCCAAGCAACUCAGGGAGAGCCAGAGCCAGAUCGCAACUCUUCGCAACCUGCCCGACAUCCAGCUAAUACAGGAGUCUCGGCUGGUGGAGGUCCCUCGUAUGAAGGACAUUCAAGUGGAUGUGACCCCAAACCUGCAGGAGAGGCUCAGCGCGGUGACAGACAUCCUGUCACGGCUCUCCAAGCUAGUGUCUGAGGACCUGGAGAAGGCUUUGUCUACAGCUGUGGGGCAGGACAAGCAAGGUUCUCCCCAGGAUAAGCGCCCCGUCCUGGCUGUGGUCCCCAGUCCUGCUGCUCCAUGUCACCCAGCUGAGAAGGAGGGCCUCAGCGAAUAUUGCUGCACCCUGACCUUUGACCCUCGCACGGCCAACGGUCACCUGCUCCUCUCCCAGGAGAACCUACGGGCGGAACACCUGACCUCUGGGCCGCGCCCUGUCCCAGCCCACGAGGCUCGCUUUGACCACACCUGGCAGGUGCUCUGCUUCCAGGGCUUCAAACACGGACGGCACUACUGGGAGAUGGAGUUGUCCAAGCCAUGGGCCUACCUGGGGGUGACUUACGAGGGCAUCCCCAGGAAGGAAAAGGGGAAAAGGUGCAUGGUUGGAAUGAACGAUCUGUCCUGGAGCCUCCAGCUGGAUGAGCGCCAGUUGAGCGCCUGGCACAACGGGCGCCGGGAGACGGUGGCUGGCCACUCCCACCACUCCCGCAUCGGAAUUCUGCUGGACUACGAGGCUGGAACACUGACGUACUAUGGAGACGGGCAGACGCGGCUGCAUGCCUUCCACUGUGCCUUCACUCAGGAGCUGUUCCCCGCCUGUUGGAUAGGGGAGGGCAUCAGCAUCACCCUCUGCUCGCCAUGACGACAACACCAAAGGGAAUGACCGUGACCUAACAAUCUCAUAUGGGACUAGUCUUGGGAAACUAUGACCCUGUUUAUACCUAGUGCUAACAUGGGUCCUUUGUCCUGAUCUUGCCUACAUUCUGAUGGUGCCCACAUUUCCAGAAAUGUGUCUACAUACAGUAUGCCAUUAAAAUGUGUCUGUUAUCCGUC